AUGUCAAAAUUAUCAAGAAACCCAAAAAAAACGAGGCAAAGCUCCACUUCUAAAGGAAGGACGCGAAAACGCGUCAUCAUUGAUAGAACAACAUUGCCAGAUUUGCGUCCAUCUUUAAGUACCCAAAUGACAAUCUUAUUCAUUGGAGACAAUCCAGGAGUUCAAUCAUCUAUUCAACAACAUCACUAUGCUCACCACUCAAAUUUAUUUUGGAAAUUGUUUAAUCGGUCAGGAAUCUUGGAAAGAGUCGUUGCUGAAAGAAUAAAGAGUGGGAUCGCCAAUAGCCAGUUAUCGGAUGACAAGUUACUUUGUGAUCUUAUCACGCAAGGGUGCUCAGCAAAGGACGACUUUGAUUUGAUAACGUAUGGUAUUGGAUUCACGGGUCUAUCACCACGAUGCACGACCACAGCAUCUCAAUUGACAAGCAAGGAGAAAUUGGCUGGUAUUCCACGUCUUUUAAAAGAUAUUGAAUUCAGCAAGCCCAAACAUGCAGCUGUUAUAGGAAAGGCAAUUUGGGAAACGAUUGUCAAGUACUAUUGUUUGAAAUUGGGGAUGAAGUUUAUUAAAUUGAGCAAGGAUAAUUUUAAAUGGGGUAAAGUUGAAGUUGGAUCCGAUGAACGAUACAACUCCAUCAUUGAGUUAUUGUAUUCACAAUUGCCUAGUGGGACUGCCAUUUAUGUGUUUCCAAACACGUCUGGAUUGGUUGCUAGUUUGUCAUUUCAAGAAAAAUUGCAACUUUGGCAAAAUUUGGCUGGAAAUAUAUGA